AUGGCGGCCUCCUAUCCUCAAAUCGUCCUCUUUGGCGAUUCUAUCUUUCAGGGAGCUAUCGACCUAGUAGACGGCUUCUCCUUCCACGCUGCCCUGCAAUCAAAAGUCAACCGUCGAUAUGAUGUUAUCAACCGCGGGCUCUCAGGCUACAACACAUCAAAUGCCCUGGCCGUCUUACCUCAGGUCUUCUCCCCGCCUGGUCCGGGCGUGCCGAAGAUUGAGUGCCUGUUCAUCCUCCUUGGGGCCAAUGAUGCUUGCGUCCCAUUGCCCACAAACCACCAGCAUGUUCCCCUCGACAAGUACAAGAUCAACUUGAAGCGGAUCAUCACACAUCCUACCAUCACAGCCCACAAGCCCAAGAUUUUCCUCAUCACCCCACCGCCCCUUGACCAGAUCCGUAUCACCGAGCUUGACCUCGCUUCCGGGCACCCUUCGGCGACAAGGCAUGCCAAGAUCAGCGCGUCAUAUUCAGAGGCUGCCAGACAAGUGGCCGCCGAGAACGCCGGUGUUACCCUGGUUGAUCUCUGGAAGGCCAUAAUGGACACUGCCAUCAAGAAGACGCCGUCCUUCAACCCUAACGGCCCACCUCUCGGGUAUCCAGAGGGACAGCGUGGCUAUCUAGAGCACCUCUUGCCAGACGGUCUCCACCUGAGCCCCGAGUCGUACCGCAUCUUCUACGAUCUUGUCAGCUCGUAUAUUGACUCAAACGAUGAGAACAGAGUGCUUCCAGAGUGGAGACAGGCGCCGUGGUUGGAGGAGGAUGGCCAUCUGAAGGGUUGA